AUGGCAUUCAAGAUCUCUCGGAUUCAACGCCUCAGCGCGGUGACGGGCAUAUCCAUGACGUUUUUCAUCGCCGAGAUAUCUGUUGGCUUUUAUACAGGUUCUCUCGCUCUCAUUGCCGAUGCCUUUCAUUAUCUCAGCGAUGUCGUCGGGUUCCUGGUUGCGCUGGUCGCCGCCAUUGUCGAAGAAAAGCACACCCCGCCGCCGUCUUUCACAUUUGGCUGGCAGCGCUCCCAACUACUCGGCGCAUUCUUCAAUGGAGUUCUGUUGUUUUCACUUGGAAUUAGCACCUUUCUGCAGUCAAUUGAGCGGUUCAUUAAGUUGGAGAUUGUUGAAGAUCCCAGACUUGUCAUGAUCAUUGGUUGUGUAGGCUUUGGCCUGAAUAUCAUCAGUGUUGUAUUCCUGCAUGAGCACGACCACGGAGUCCAACACGAUAACUAUCCCUGCGAUGAGAACUCAGACAUCGAAGAAGCCGUCAUCCCCCACAAACAAGCCAAGCCAAAGUUCGACCUCGCUCUAAUGGCAGUCCUUGUCCAUGUCAUGGGCGACUGCGGAAACAAUCUGGGGAUCAUCAUUGCCGGCCUCAUCAUCUGGCAGACUGAUUACAGUGGGCGUUACUAUGCAGAUCCCGCGGUUGGAAUGGCCAUUGCGGUGAUGAUCUUCCUCUCGUCUCUUCCUUUCAUCAAACGGGGUGGUCUUAUCCUGCUCCAGAGUGCUCCGGAUGGCGUUGAACCGGAGAAUGUGAAGCGUGACUUGUUGCAGAUACCGGGUAUUACCGCUGUGGACGAGCUCCGCAUAUGGCAACUGAACCAGGAGAAGUCCAUUGCCUCGGCGCAUCUCGUCCUCAAUAAUGACGGCGAGGCAGACUUCCACCGGCUUGUGAAGACUGCGAAUGAGUGUUUCUAUGGAUACGGUAUUCAUCAUAUUACACUGCAGCCGGUAACAGUGGAUGUGAACUACGAAGCUGUCAGCGUCGCUUCAGUGGACAGUGGCAAGCAUGGAAGAAAUGGAAAUGCCACAGGUGAAAAGUAUUUAAAGGUGUAA